AUGUUCUUCAAAUGUAUAUUUUCAACAGGACUAUAUGUUUUCUGCGCAGCGCGGAUGGAGACGAACAGCACAGCUCACGUCAGUGGUGCAACUGUGAUGGAGGAUGAUGAAGAUGUGGAGACUCUGGGAGAGAAACUAUAUGAUCUGAUAUAUCCUAAAUACACUGAGAUGACUCCUAAACUUACAGGUAUGCUGUUGGAGUUGCCUGCUUCUGUUGUGUCUCAGAUGUUGUAUGAUGAAGGUCUGCUGAAUAAAGCACUGGAAAGAGCACUCUCCGCUCUCACAUCACCUGACAACAGUGAUCCCAUGUCUCACACUGAUGAUGCGGCGUCUGCGUCCUCCGACUCUGUGGGUGAACAGCUGUAUGACCUUGUUGACCUCUACAGCACUGGACACACACAGAAAAUAACAGGAAUGUUAUUGGAGCAGAAGAAGGAGGCGGUGCUUCAGCUGCUGUCGGAUCACUCGCUCCUCGAGGAACAAGUUAAAAUCGCACUGAAGACCUUGCAGGAGCAGGGUGAUGAGGAGACAGAUGUGAGUGACGGCUCUGACAGAGAGGAAGUGGAAUCGAUUGGCGAGACGCUUUUCAAUGCUGUGCAUCAGUUAGACCCCACCCACUGUGCUGACAUCACCGGUGGGCGCUCUGAGCCCAAAACACUCAGAAAUGUCAGCCUGAGGCUUGGAGUCUCUGCAGAUCACGUGACUACAAGGAACUUUGUACUUGGGACUUUUAAGCCUGGAUUGCUGAGUAGUUUACUUGUAUAAUUCAAGACAUUGUUUACAUGGAAUCCCUUUUUAGGACUUUUGACACUUUUAUUGAUAUACAUGAGGAAAUUGGAGAGGAGAAGAUUGUGAAGAUACAAAAGGUGGAAUUGCAUCAGGCUGGAUUUGAAUCUGCUUUACCUGCAUGAGCACCUCAGCUAAAUAUGUCUAGUGCAUGUGCAUUAACCACUAGGUCAUGGCUUUUACAUUCCAAUUUCAUGAGCACAUUUACAUUUGUCAAUCAGCUGUAAGUAAAUAAAGAAUGCACAGUUUAUGUCUGUA